AUGCCGGUCACCGAGAUCGCCCUUCUCCGCCUGAACACCGAAGACCUCUCCACUUCCACCAAAACAGGUCUCUUAGGAGCGCAGCAGGCACAGGCUGAGUAUUCAAACCACCAAGUAUACUUCUUGCGUCAAAUUGAAGAUCCAGCUUGUGUCUACUUGCUAGGCGGGUGGGAGUCAUUUGAAAAACAUAUGAACCAGUGGAUUCCUUCUGAGACCAACCAGACAUUGCUUCAGCAAUUGGCGGGGAGCCUAGAAGUGAAGUGGAUGUUUCAUUUGGAUGUUGAUCCAUCGACAUCUCGGAUCCCACUUGAGGCUCCAGUCCUAGCUAUAAGCAGAUAUUUCGUCGAGUCGGAGAAAAAAGCCGAAUUUGACACUGUCUUUAAGACUGGGGUCCCUCACUUAGGUACCUAUACGGCACCAUUUAUCUAUUGCGGUGGAUGGCGUGUUGAUAAGGAAGGAGACGAUGAGGAAUAUGUGCUUUUCAGCGGGUGGAACGAAGUCAAGGAUCACUUUGCAUUUGCAGAGUCUGAGGGGUUUAAGGAAUUUGGAAAGAUCAAGGGGCUGAUUAAAGGGGCAGAGAUCAAGCAUGUGCGUGUUGAGAAGUGGGCGUAA